AUGGGAAACUGCAAUUCCCAGCCUCUUUCCAAAGUGAAGAAUACAGAACUUCUGGCCAAUAAGAAACCUGAAGUACAAAAAGAAAAGCCGAAGAAAGUUUGCGCAAAGAAAGAAGAUUCAGAACCGGAUUCUGAGCAGAAAUCAGCUAAAGAAAAUAUUAUAAUUGAAACAAGCAGAGAUCAAUCAAGACCAUACUUCUCAUUUAAUGCUUUCUUUUAUCAAAAUGAAAAACCGCAGAUUUUUGAUUGGCUGUUUUUACAAGAGCUAUGCAAUGGCACGACAUCUCAAAUAUACCUCGUGAAAAAUGUUGAAACACAAGCUGUUUGCGUUGCAAAGGUUUAUAAUAAUUCUAUCUUAUACAGGCAACCUCUUGGAAAUGAAAUUCCUCCAAUAGAUUCAUUCAAUAAAGAGAUCGAUGUAAUGUGUCAGCUUACAUAUCUUCAUAUCAUGUCGUAUCACGAAAUGGUAGAUGAUCAAAUGACUAAUUCAAAGAUAUUAGUACUUCCUUACGCCUCGUUAGGAAACUUAAAAACAGCAAUGAGUAAUAAUCAAAUUAGUUAUGAAAAUUUAAUAGUUUGUUGGUAUCAAAUUGCUGGAGCUUUAGAUUACAUGCAUUCUCAUGGUUUAGCCCAUAGAGAUGUUUGCCCUGAAAAUAUAUUAGUUUUUGUGGAGAAUUAUUUUUGUAUUCAUCAUUUCAAGUCGGUUACAAAAGUUGAUAGUCCAGACCUAUCACGUACCUUUGGUACAUUCAGAUUUUUAGCGCCCGAAGAACUAAAUGGAAAGACAUACGAUGUUCGAAAAUCAGAUGUUUGGGAACUUGGAAUUACAAUAUACUGGGCAUUUUUUCGCAAAAAACCGUUUGAUUUGGAUAUUGUACAGAUUGAUGACAAGCCUUAUAAAUAUGACAAACUUUAUCAGCACAUUAUGCAAAAACCACUUGAAAUCCCAAAGAUAGAUUCUAUAUCUACGGAAAUAACUGAUCUUUUAUCUACAAUGCUCGAAAAAGAUCCAGAUAAACGUCCAAAUUUCGCAACAAUUUUAGAAUCUCAUGUUUUGAUGAUGCAAGAAUACUCCACUUCAAUGAUACAAUAA